AUGGCGAUGCUCCUGUCUCGAGCCUUGCGCUCGGGACACUUGAGCUCCUACUCGGCGGUGGGCAAGUUCUCGCACUUCUCUCUGCGCCAGCGAUACACGCAGAUGCUGAAGGCGCAGACGGAUCCGGCGCUCGCGGACUUCUUCUUUGAGAAUUACCUCCGCGCAUUCUUCGCCGACCCGCCUUCGUACAACUACUGGUUCAUCAGCAUUGCAGCCUUCGGAGCCUGUGUUGGCAUCCUGACCCGCAAUUUCUUCUUCAACCCGGAUGUCAUGUUCCGCUACCAGGAGAAGCGCAAGCCUUUGCCUGACCGCCACAGGCAGUGGACGUACUCUCUUCCCUUCUUCAACCACCGCCUCCGCAACAUGUGCUGCAAGUACAAGGCCUGCAUGAUUGACAACGAGCCGGACUGGGCUGAUGACCACCCUUUGGGCUACCGCCCAAACCGAAAGCAGUGCCACAGGCGCCCCUACAUGUGGAUCCUCACCAUCCCACGCUACACCAUUGAGGAUCCCUUGUACACCUCCGUGACCCAUGAGAACAUGAACCGCAUCUACGAGGAGGUGGGUUACACCAAGCCAGCCAAGACCGAGGAGGAGUGA